AUGCCUGCACCACUUGCUAAAGGUAUAAUGGUGACGGUCACCGUCCUGGUCGCUGCCGGCGUAGCUGUUUAUCAGUCUCCUCAGUUCCAGGAUUGGAUGAAUAAUUCCCGACGCAAAAUUGCAGUUGCCUUGCACAGCCUGGGCGAUGAGAUACAACCGCGCAAUUCCGCUUCUCCAGACCGGGACGAUAUCUCUAUGACCGAAGAAGCAGGAGAGGCCGCAGCAGGACGCAGACGCAUUGCACGCGAAGAGAUUAUGCGGCGGGCCGCCGUUCUAGAGUCUCAUCGAAACUCAAGAACUUUACAACAACCACUGGAUAGCUUCGAUACUUUAGUAGAACAAGACGGCAGUCUCCGCAAGCAGGAAAAUAAUCGCGAUCAGCUGGAUGACACCCCCGUUGCCAGUUCGACUGGUGUAGAUACGGGUAUAAUUCAGAAUCGUCGCCGUGCGAAGCUUGAGGACGUUGGUAUGAACCCACUGCCGGGUGGUAUCCCCUCCGAAACUACAUCUCAUCACCUGUCCGAAUCCGAAUUGCAAUUCACGCCCACUUCCGAGCGACAUGAGGAUACACUCUUUGACCCAUUCUCUGAUUCUCCAGUGAGGGGACAGUCACCUGAGCCUGUCUCGGCCUCCUCGUCGAGUCGCACAGAGGAAGGCUCAGCUUACUAUGCUCAUCCUCACCCAGCGUUCAAUACCAGUCAACAACCAGAAUUAAUUGCCGAUUUAGACGAUUUUAGCCAUGGGAAUCAGUUCCAGCAUGAGGUUUCAUCGGCGCCCUCCAUAGCGGGAAGUUUCAGCGAUUUACAUGAGCUUGCCGAUGGAUCAUCGGACGGUACAUUGAGUGAGUGGGGUGCACCUUCGGUUGAUGGCAUUUCUACUCCUGCUAGCUGGUCUGAAGUCGGGAGCGUAAUCAGCGACAAUGAUGCUGGCCAUCAGCAGUUGCUGUGA